AUGUCUCACGCUGUGCCCGCAGAAAAGCCCUCCAACCCCGCCAAUCCACGGGUCUUCUUCGACGUGGACAUUGGAGGCGAAAAAGUCGGUCGGAUAGUUUUCGAGCUGUUUGCUGACCUGACUCCUCGCACAGCGGAGAACUUCAGGGCCCUGUGCACUGGAGAGAAGGGCAUGGGCAAAUCCACAGGGAAACCGCUGCACUUCAAAGGAUGCCCCUUCCACAGAAUUAUAAAGCAGUUUAUGAUCCAGGGAGGAGACUUCUCCAACCACAAUGGAACUGGAGGAGAGAGCAUUUAUGGUGAAAAGUUUGAAGACGAGAACUUCCACUAUAAGCAUGACAAAGUGGGGCUCCUGAGUAUGGCCAACGCGGGGCCCAACACCAACGGCUCCCAGUUCUUCAUCACCACGGUGCCCACGCCGCACCUGGACGGGAAGCACGUGGUGUUCGGACAGGUGCUCCGCGGCAUGGGUAUGAUCAAGAUGCUGGAGGCCAUGGAAACCAAAGAGGACAAUCCAGUGCAGCCCUGUGUGAUCUGGGACUGCGGUGAGCACAAGGACGGGGACAGCUGGGGAGCAGAGCCCGACGAUGGAUCAGGGGACUCGUACCCAGAGUUUCCAGAGGACGCAGACAUCGACUUUAAAGACGUUGACAAAGUUCAAAGUCUUGCAGAGGAUCUAAAGAACUUUGGAAACACUCUUUUUAAAAACCAAGACUGGAAAGGAGCCGUGAAGAAAUACAACAAAGCACUCAGGUACCUGGAGUUCGGAGGGGACGAGUUUGACGAGGGGAUCCAAAAGAAGCUGGAGCCCGUGGCCCUCAGCUGCUUCCUCAACGCAGCGGCCUGUAAACUGAAGCUGCAGCUGUGGCAGGAGGCUGUGGAGAGCUGCUCUGAGGCUCUGGAGCUGGACAAGAAGAACACAAAAGCACUUUUCAGGAGGGCACAGGCGCACGCUGGGCUCAAGGACUUCAGCAAAGCAAUGGAGGAUCUGAAGGCUGCUCAGGAAAUCACACCAGACGACAAAGCAAUCAUGGGUGAAAUGAAGAAGGUCCAGCUCAAGAUCCAGGAGGAGAAGGAGCGGGAGAAGAAGAUGUUCGCCAAGAUGUUUGCGUGA